AUGGAGCGAAAUACGAGUCUUCCAACGCGGUGUACACCUUGGGUCUACGACGACAUCACAGCGUGCAAUCGAGUAUGGAUUGUGGGCUACUACGUGCCGUUGGUGGCUCUGGCAGGUGCUGUCGGGUUCACAGGGUAUAAAGUGGCUGUUCACGCGCUCAGAGAACACGAGAAGCCAAAUUACGCAACCCAGCUGGCGCCAGACGCCAACGACGACGAACGGAAACCACUGCUGGCAGACCACGCAGGUGCAGUGUACCAGGCACGUGAUGUAAGUGAAGUCGACGGUAGCGGUAGCACCCAGCCAGCACAGCUCUCGUCGAAACACGCCCUCAAGGAAGACCAUUUCUCGAUAGAAAAAAUCCGGCUCACAGACGCCCAAGGCACCCCACACGGCGUGGUCGAGGUCGUAAGACGCGGGUUUGUCGAAAAAACGCGCGUGGUGCUCGAGUUUUUCGCGUGUGCCGCCCAGCUUGCCAUCCACGCGUUUAUAUGGGCCCGUCUCGCCGGUGACUACACCGAUUUCCCCGUGAAAGCAAUCGCUGCACGCACCGCGCUAUGGGCUUGGCUGUUGGUCGUGGUUGCUCUGCGUCUCGCCAACAUCAACCAGCAGGUGCGUUGGAUCUCCAAAUACCCGGGCAAUCUGUGGUCUGUCUCUUUCGUGUCUUACAUGGUAUUGUUUGCUGCGCAGAUCAUGCCUUUCCGCUCGCAUCUGAUCGGUCACAUCAAGGAACGCGUCGUGCAGCAAUACACCCUUUCGCAAUUUUACUUGACCUUGAUUUUGUUUUUGCUAAUGUUCACCGCUAAAGUCGGGAACAACUACGCCUACCUCUACCGCACAAACCCAGAAAUUAAGCCCUCCGUAGAGCCCGUCACCUCAAUAUUCUGUUUUGUUACUUGGUCCUGGAUGGACCGCUUCCUUUUGGAAGCGAACAAACAAUCAAUUAAACUCAAGGACAUCUGGGGACUCAAGUUAGAUGAUUACUCCAUUUUCGUCCUCAAAAAAUACAAAAACUCUAUCAAAAACACACACCGGAAACUCUCUCACAAUUUGUUUUGGUUCUUUUCGAAGUACCUCGGGCUACAAGGAUUUUGGGCCUGCUUCGACAGUGUACUCAGUUUUAUUCCUACUUUGCUCCUCAAACGGAUCUUGGAAUACGUGGACGACCAAUCCACCGCUCCAAAGAACCUGGCUUGGUUCUAUGUUUGCACAAUGUUUGUCUGCAGAGUUGCGGUCGCAAUUUGUCAAUCUCAAGCCCUUUUCUUUGGCCGGAGAGUAUGCAUUAGAAUGAAAGCCAUUAUCAUUUCAGAAAUUUACACCAAAGCACUGAGAAGAAAAAUCUCUGCCAACUCCUCGAAGCCAUCCACCGACGAAGUGGAUCCACAAGAUUUGAAUGCCAAGGACGACGUGAACGGCGAUGAGGAGUCCACAAGUGCCAACCUCGGCGCUAUCAUCAAUUUGAUGGCUGUAGACGCUUUCAAAGUGUCCGAAAUUUGUGCUUACCUGCACGCCUUUGUUGAAGCGUCCAUUAUGACAGUUGUUGCACUAGUUCUUCUUUACAAUCUGUUAGGAUGGUCAGCUUUGGUGGGUGCAGGACUCAUUGUUGCUCUACUUCCUACCAGUUUCAAGUUAACCACACUGUUGGGACAAUACCAAAAGGAGUCUUUGUCCAUCACUGAUAAAAGAAUUCAGAAGCUGAACGAAACUUUUCAAGCUAUUCGCAUCAUCAAGUUCUUUUCGUGGGAGGAAAACUUCGAAAAAGAGAUCCAGGACAUCAGAGACCAAGAAUUAAAACUAAUACUAAAGCGUUCCAUUGUAUGGGCACUCGCUAGUUUUGUCUGGUUUAUAACACCAGCAUUGGUGACAUCUGUGACGUUUGCCGUCUACAUCUAUGUGCAGGGACGAGUUUUGACUACUCCCAUUGCCUUCACGGCUCUCUCAUUAUUCAUGCAAUUGAAAAAUCCUCUCGAUCAAUUGUCGGACAUGUUGAGCUUUGUGAUCCAGUCUAAAGUUUCCCUUGAUAGAGUCCAAGAUUUCUUGGACGAAGAAGAGACUGAAAAGUACGAGCAAAUUACUGUGGACUCCAAGAGAAUUGGAUUCGAAAAUGCUACUUUUUCGUGGGAUAGGAGUACCGCUGAUUUUAAGCUCAAAAAUUUGAGUUUGGACUUUAAGAUGGGCAAAUUAAACGUUGUUAUCGGUCCUACCGGAUCCGGUAAGACCUCUCUACUCAUGGCUUUAUUGGGAGAGAUGGAUCUUCUAAGCGGUAAAGUAUACACUCCUUGCUUGGAUGCCAGAGAAGAUUUGAUCGUGGAAUCCGACGGUAUGACGAAUUCAGUGGCAUACUGCUCCCAAGCUGCCUGGCUCCUUAACGAUACGGUCAGAAACAACAUUUUGUUCAGCAGCCCUUACAACGAAGCCAGGUAUCAGGCAGUAGUGGAAGCUUGUGGCUUGAAACGUGAUUUUGAAAUUCUGAGCGCAGGAGACCAAACAGAGAUUGGUGAGAAAGGUCUCACCUUAUCUGGCGGCCAAAAACAGAGAGUUUCUUUGGCGCGGUCUCUUUAUUCCUCGUCCAGACAUAUCUUACUCGAUGACUGUCUAAGUGCUGUUGAUUCCCACACAGCUUUGUGGAUUUACGAAAACUGUAUUUCAGGUCCUCUGAUGGAGGGCAGAACUUGUAUAUUGGUCUCCCACAAUGUUGCAUUAACUUUGAGAAAUGCCGACUGGGUAGUAUACAUGGAAAGCGGCAGAGUGAAGGACCAGGGUGAACCUCUCGAACUUUUGAAGAAAGGUAUUUUGGGCCAAGAUGAACUCGUCAAAACCAGUAUCCUUUCUCGCGGAGGAUCGUCAACGAGCUUAAGUCGCAAACUUGCGAAGAGUAGUACUGACUUGAACAAGGUGAACAAGAAAACCAAGGAAGAAAGCGCACCACAACAAAAGGACUCGCCAACGGAGGAGGACAAGAUUAAGCUGGGCAAAUUGAUAAAUGAAGAAACCAAGUCGGAGGGUGUCGUUAGUCUUGAUGUUUACAAAUGGUACGGGCAGUUAUUUGGUGGCUGGAAAAUGGUUUCAUUCUUGGCGUUCGUGUUCGUCUUAUCCCAAGCUGUUCACAUUUCUGAAUCAGUGUGGGUUCGUAACUGGGCGUCUCACAACACUUUGGAUGCGAUGAAAACCUUUGCUGUUGGGAUCCUCUCUUCGAAGUCUGUCAGCUCGUUCAUGCCCCUUGGGGUCCGAGAAUUGCACGCCGACAUGUUUUCUGAGGUAUCUUCACCUGACGCCGCGUACUCCAAGGCAACUACUGGUCACUCCACAAUUUAUUACCUUUCGAUUUACUUCUCCAUUGGUGUUGCCGUUGCGGUCAUUUCUGCCUCCAAGACUAUAAUCAACUUCAUUGCAGGGCUUAACGCAUCAAGAAAGAUAUUCAACCUUGUUUUGAAAAGGGUUCUAUAUGCGAAGCUGAGAUUUUUCGACUCCACGCCAAUUGGUAGAAUCAUGAAUCGGUUCUCGAAAGACUUAGAAGCGGUUGACCAAGAGCUAACGCCAUACGUUGAAGGUGCAUUCGUUUCUUUGAUUCAGUGUGUUACAACUGUUCUGUUGAUCGCCUACAUCACCCCUGGAUUUUUCUUUGUUGCAUUGCUCGUUGGUUUAAUGUACUACUUUGUGGCCUACUUCUACAUGGUGGGCUCGAGAGAAUUGAAGCGGUUUGAGUCCAUGAGCAGAUCACCCAUUCAUCAACACUUUUCUGAGACAUUGGUUGGUAUAUCGACGAUUCGUGCAUUUGGAGACGAACGUCGUUUUAUGGAAGCAAACCUACAAAAAAUCGAUGAAAACAACAAGCCUUUCUUCUACUUGUGGGUUGCGAACCGUUGGUUAGCCUUCAGAGUUGAUAUGAUUGGUGCGCUAGUCGUUUUUGCUGCUGGUGUUUUUGUGAUGUUAAACAUAUCGUCUUUGGACUCUGGGUUGGCUGGUAUCUCUUUGACCUAUGCGAUUUCCUUCACCGAAGGCGCGCUGUGGUUAGUGAGACUGUAUUCCAACGUGGAAAUGAACAUGAACUCUGUGGAACGUUUGCAAGAAUAUAUGGAUAUUGAGCAAGAACCUCAUUAUCAAAGUACCCAUAACCCACCUCCAGAAUGGCCAAACCAAGGUAAGAUUGAAGUCAAUGAUUUAUCUCUACGUUAUGCGCCCCACUUGCCUCAGGUAAUCAAGAAUGUCUCUUUCACCGUUGAGUCUAACGCCAAAGUUGGUAUUGUAGGGCGGACUGGUGCUGGAAAAUCCACUAUCAUUACUGCCCUUUUCAGAUUCUUGGAUCCCGAUAGUGGGUACAUCAAAAUUGAUAAUGUAGACAUAACCUCUAUUGAGUUGAAAAGACUUCGUCAAUCUAUCACGAUCAUUCCUCAAGAUCCCACAUUGUUUUCAGGUACAGUUAAGUCCAACUUAGACCCAUACGACGAGUACACAGACAAGCAGAUAUUCGAAGCUUUGAAGCGCGUUAAUCUCGUCACUCAAGAGGAGUUGGACAAUGCCGGGACCGAAAGUUCUGAUGCUUCAUCCGUCCAAUCCAAUAUUAACAAAUUCUUGUCACUGGAUAACGAAAUCACUGAGGGAGGAAACAACCUCUCACAGGGCCAGCGUCAAUUGGUUUGUUUGGCUAGAUCUUUAUUGCGGUCGCCGAAGGUAAUACUGUUAGAUGAAGCUACAGCUUCCAUCGAUUAUACAUCUGAUGCGAGAUUACAACAGACAAUCCGGGAAGAGUUUUCUUCCAGUACCAUUUUGACCAUUGCCCACAGACUAAGAUCCAUUAUCGAUUACGACAAGAUUUUGGUAAUGGAUGCAGGUGAAGUUAAAGAAUACGACCACCCAUAUUCGUUGCUAUUGAACAAAAACAGUAUUUUUUACAGCAUGUGCGAGGAUAGUGGUGAACUAGAGUCAUUGCUUCAACUUGCAAAGGAGUCUUUCGUGAAAAAACUAAACUCCAAAUAA